GAACAGUGCAUAAUGCUUUUUCUGGUGUUAGUUGUUCUUCCAGUCUUGAUCAAUGGUUCUCCUUUACAACAAAUCGAGUCUUCGCAGGACGUGAAGCCAAAAAUCGUUGGGGGUCAUUUGAUCAACAUCACGGACGUUCCAUGGCAGGUUUCGAUUCAAAUCUUCGGCUUCCACUUCUGUGGAGGUUCGAUAGUGUCCGAAACCUGGAUUCUCUCGGCAGCGCAUUGUUUUACGAUGGCUCCUAGAUAUUACACCGUGCGUGCUGGCUCUAACGCCAAUGAUGAAGGCGGUCAGGUUAUUCAGGUGCUGUAUUACUUAUACCAUCCGGAGAACAUCGAAUGGCAGGUUUCGUACGAUUUGGUACUAGUCAAGUUGAAGCAAGAGCUACAGUUCCAAGAGAACGUUCAACCCAUCGCGCUCAGUUCCGAAGAGCCAGCGAUCGGAACGAUGGGUUUGGUCUCGGGAUGGGGGGAAACCUUCGAUUCAGAUGAAUCAUAUGAACUUCUUCGUGCCGUCGAGGUACCGAUAGUUGAUCGCGAGACUUGUUCUGAAGCAUACGUCGAAUGGUGGGAAAUCACUGACAGCGUGAUCUGUGCUGGCAAUAUUGAGGUGGAAGGAAUCGAUGCAUGUUACGGCGAUAUUGGAGGCCCUCUAGUUGUCGAAGGCAAGCUGAUUGGUGUACUGUCGUUCGGCUAUGGCUGUGGCCAGCUAGGCUUUCCUGGGGCCUACGGAAAUGUGGCAGCUUCGUAUGACUGGAUAAUGGAAACUACUAAAACCGCUGAAGUUUUGUUCCUUCCUUCGUCUGUUAAGUCGUCUUUGCAUUGUUUAUCGGUUACGCUGAGUGAUUCCAGCCCCUUGGAACAAGUGACUGUCACUUUGAAACUCCCGGAGUCCACGAUUUAUCUUUGUAGUAUCUACAUACGGCCAUCUUCUCCUGCUGAAGUUUACUCGUUGCACGCUUCGGCUGUUCAGGAGAUUUGCAACCUUUCUUCUGUAAACGACACAAUCGUUGUUCUGGGGGACUAUAAUCUACCGGGACCUGUUUGGGUUUAUGACGAUGAACUAAACUGUUAUAUACCCACCAAUGCAUCGACCGAAGCUGAAUCAACACUCAUCGAAACGAUGUUGGUUACUGGACUUAGUCAACUUAAUCCUCUACGGAACGCAAAUGACCAUAUUCUUGAUCUCGCUUUCGUUAGUGACACUUGUGACAUUGAAGUGAAUGGAGGUUUCAUUCAAGUCUUUUGA